CAAAUAUGAAUGAUAUUUACUCUUUUCCUGUGGAGGAACAACUUAAUUACAUCUAAGGUAAGAUCACCGUAUUUUUAGAAUGAGGACAACCAUACAAAUGCGAGUUUUUUCAUCCUGGUUUUACUUGUGAAUCCCAACUGCUUCAUAUGUAAAUUACUUAUUAUAAUGAGGUUUCCACUCUUAUUUUCUAAGAACGCUAAAGUCUAUCUUCCAGUUCAUUUGUUGCCGUUCUUGAUAUAUAAGCGAAAAGCUUUUUUAAAAAAGUAUGAUUGCAUUUCUUAAAAUUUAAGUCCAAUUAGUACAACAGCAAGAUCAUUGCUAUCCUACAUUAAGAGUGUGUUGUUUUUGACUUUAAUGGUUUAAUCAUUGAGAUACAAUUGGUGCAAGCAGGUAAGAUUUCGAAAUGUUGUUGACCCAUUGAUUCCUAUCACAGGAGGUUUUUUAGGAGCUUUGUCCUUAUUUUUAGAAUCGAAAACUAGGUAUAAUUGUCUAAUGAAGUUUGAAGAGUUUAGGAAAUCAUGUUGAGUAUUGUGCCUCGUUUUUUUGAAACUCUCCUGAACCUCAUGAAGAGGAAGGGGUAUAUGAUAGAUAUUCCAAAGGGAGAUGUUUUGGUCUUUGCAGUGGUAUUGGCAAUAAUUCAUUACUAUUAUUAACACGAUGUAAAAAUAAAUGAUAAAUUUGAAUAGCAAAAAGCUUUGAAGUCAACAUACAGAGGAGUGUUUGCUAAAUUUUGGGGGAAGAAUUGAUUGUAAUUUAAUAAAAAUAUUCUGAGUGUG